CCAAAAUGGACGUGUACCAAGUUCCAGUCGUCGAUAUUGGCGCCCUCAUGGCGUUUUCAAACGAUAUCGAAGUCGAUUCCGCUCUACGAGAUCCAAAUCAUGGAGAUCUUGAAAAGACUAUUGGGCUGCUGCCAGCGAGUGGGGCUUCUUCUACAUCGCGAACCAUGGAUUAUCGGAGCAACAAGUCAGCGAAUUCCAGACUGCGUUGCGUUCUUUCUUCCGUCUACCGAAGGAAACUAAGCGUACCAUUCGACGUAGUGCCACGAACAACCGCGGCUACGUCGAGGGAGAGCUUACGAAGAACAAGACAGACUGGAAAGAGUGUUUCGACUUUGCUGGUACCGGCGAAGACGCCCCAGUCGCCGACGAACAUGAAAGGCUGGGAGAGGAUCGAAACCAGUGGCUUGAGGAGACGACCCUGCCAGGUUUUCGCACUGAAAUGCGCUCGUACUACAACAAGAUGGAGCACAUCGCCCGUCGUCUGCUCAAGGUGUUUGCAGUUGCGUUGGGUGAAGAGCCCGCGUUCUUUGAUCGUUUCUUUCGCUCCAAUGCGUCGAGCACGAUGAGGCUAAACCAUUAUCCUGUGGCUCCCGAACCAGAGAGGACCAUGGGUGUCUACCAUCAUACGGACUCGGGGGCGCUGACUAUCCUGAUGCAGGACGACGAAGUCGCGACGUUGCAAGUUCUUCAUCGAGAGUCACAGACGUGGGUCAACGUCCCGCCUCGUAAGGGAACGUACACUAUCAACAUCGGUGAUAUGAUGCAAGUCUGGUCGAACGAUCAGUUUGUUGCUCCACUGCAUCGUGUGCUGGCAAGUAACGAGGCUGAGCGUUUCUCCGCUCCAUUCUUCUACAGUCCGUCGUACAAUGUGCAGGUUGAGCCCAUUGUGGUCAAACUCGGGGACGUGCCAAACUACCGUCCGAUAAGUUGGCGCCAGUUUCGCUUGGCUCGAUUCAAGGGGAACUACGCGGAUCUCGGCAAGGAAAACCAGAUCGGCGACUACAAAAUUCACGGAGCCACCGACGUCGCGAACUCGUAGGUCCAGAGCACUACGGCAUCCAUACUAGUGCGUACCGAUUAAUGAUUGCCAUUCUCAAUGUAGUAUUUUUUCUAGAUCUAAAUUGAAUAUGUUGUAUGUGGACGUAUACAAAUCG